AGCGUCGCGCAGGAGACGGGAGCGGGACCGCCCCCGGGCCGGGGCCGCGCCGGUCCCGCCUCCCGCCGCUGCCACAGCCCGCGCGGCCGGAGGGCGGGCGGCGCUGCCCGUGCCGCGGCAGCAUGGAGGUGGCGGAGACGCUGCAGCUCGGGGAGCUGGCGGCCGCCUUCGCCGCCCUGCCCGUGUUCCCGCUGUUCGACACGGCCUAUUUCAUCGUGUCCGUCCUCUACCUCAAGUACGAGCCGGGAGCCGUGGAGAUGUCUCGUAAGAGCCCCUUUGCCUCCUGGCUCUGCGCUAUGCUGCACUGCUUCGGAAGUUACAUACUCGCGGAUCUGCUGCUUGGAGAAUCACCUAUUGAUUACUUCAGUAAUAACUCCAGUGUCAUCCUGGCCACGGCGGUCUGGUAUUUGAUAUUCUUCUGCCCCAUGAACCUCUUCUACAAGUGCGUGAGCUUUCUGCCCGUGAAGCUCAUCUUUGUGGCCAUGAAGGAGGUGGUGAGAGUUCGCAAAAUCGCAGCCGGGGUGCACCACGCUCACCACCGGUACCACCACGGGUGGUUCAUCAUGAUGGCUACCGGAUGGGUCAAAGGUUCUGGUGUUGCCUUGAUGUCGAACUUGGAGCAACUGCUGCGUGGGGUCUGGAAGCCAGAAACGAAUGAAAUUCUUCAUAUGUCCUUCCCUACGAAGGCUAGUCUGUAUGGCACAAUCCUCUUCACUCUGCAGCAAACUCACUGGCUCCCUAUCUCUGAAGCCAACCUCAUCUUCUUUUUCACCAUGUUCAUGAUCAUUUGCAAGGUUUUCAUGACGGCAACCCACUCUCACGCCUCGCCUUUUGCUCCCGUGGAGAGCUUCGUCUGCCCGGUUUUCUUCGGCUCUGUUUCCAGUGGACACACGAGUCACCACCAUGAUGCGCACGGGGCCUCCCAUGAGGUUUCCCAUCCUCCGCCUCCUCCGGCAAAGUCAAAAGAGGAGCUAAAUGAAGGCACGAGGAAACGGAAAGCAAAAAAAGCUGAAUAAAAAAGUAACUACAGAGUAAAUAGGCCAAGAAUAUCCUUCCAGAGCUGAGUCUCAAAGCCAGCCGUGACCUCCUUUAUCCUCCAGUCCCUCUCUCAGACUCCAGAGGUGGAAGCCAGGACACUGCCAGGCGGGUCCCUGAAUGCCGUUGUGCUCUCUGUGCGCUGCUUGCCGCUUGCUCUCUGUCUCUGUUCUGAUCAUAUUUUCAGGGAUUUGUAAGUGUGUGCCAGGGUGAUAACUGGGUGCCAGUUCCCAAGCUGUCCGCAAUCAUGAUGCAGCAUUUUCAAUGGAUGCAAAAUCUUGCAAUGCUUUUAUUUAUGAAUGUGGGUAAUGGUUUGUGCUCCUGCAGCUCCUGAGUUCCUUUGAGAUUUCAUUGACCUUUUUGACGUCUACCCAAAUAACAAACUGUUUAGACACGAUCCAUGUGGAAAUUGUAUUUCAUACUCAAGGGAAUGAAAUGGUCUCAUGCGAGCCUGAUCUCAUUUUUCCUAGCUCCCACAUCUGCCGCACCUGCAGUUAAUGUGACAUUUUAUGUGCAAUAAGGACAUUGAUUCUGGUGUCCUAGCCAAACUCUCUCACCUAAAUUCCCUCUGAUUCUUGAUGGAUAGAACAUUGUUGCUUUCUUACCUGUCUGUGUUUGCAAGAGCUUUGAAGCUGUGAAAUGCUCCCAGUGCUCCGUGCUGGUGCUGUUAUUAUUCUGAACUGCUGUGUAGCGUCGCCGCACGUUGUUACCAGUCGCGUGUCCCACCUCCAACCCGAUCACAUUUAACUAGGGAAGAGCAUGGUUCUGGUUUGUUUGUAAUCUUGUGGGACAGAAGAAGGGUGUGUGAGUGUACAUAAGUAUUUAUUACUAUUUAUUUAUAACUGCUAAGGCACCUAAUUAAUGGACGUGAAAUUGGGUUUUUUUAAACUUUGCAUCUUUAUGUAGAGAAUUGGAUAGUUCUAAGCAUGGUCCUCCAGCCGCAGCCAGGCGCUGCUUUGCGCGUGAAGCUGUGAUCUUGGUGCGCUACAGCACAUGCGAUGCAGGAAGGAACGUUUCCUACAUUCUCAAAUUAAGAUACAAGGCUAAAGAAGUGGAUUUCACACCAGCCCAUUAAAACUAUAUUAAAGGACUAUAUUAAAGGACUGAUAAAAGCACAGCAGCUGGAGGUGCCUCUGUAGGUCCCUUUUGGCCAAACUCCUGGUCUGGGAAAGCAGGCUGUGCCCAGCGAGUGAAGCGUCCGAAAUGCCUCGCAUGGCUCAGGGAGGAGUCUGCCAGUUCGGUCUUGUUGUGCUUACUGAGUGCUGGCUUUUAGACUAGUUUGAAGCUGUUCCUAUAGCUGACUUUGUUAUUCAAAGUGCCAUCAUCCAAGGGCUGGCAGCACUGCGCUGAAAAUGGGGAGGGAGCACUGGGCUUCCAGUUAAGCAGCGUAUUGGCAUCCCCAGCACUGAGGUUUGCUGCUGUCAUCUUGCAGCCGGGAAUAUAAAUAGGAAGAGUUCAGAAAAGCGUUUCUAUUUCUGUGUGUGUCCCUGUCCAAAAUGGAACUUGACAGUUAAUUAAAAAUAAAUUUAAAAAAUCCUGUAUAAAACCAGGUGAAAGUCAGUACAAAAGGUGAGAUGAUUUGUGGUUUUGGGUUUUGACAGUGCCUUAAUUCUGUGAGUUUCCCUUCCCUUCCCUUCAGUAGACAACAGGAACUCUGCCUGACAGUUCAACUGUCUGGUUUUGCAGCUGCUGGUCUACUGAAACCUGAUGUAUCACUUGCAUGCACAAGUAAAAAUGGUUUAUGGGGUGUCUGAUUCAAGGGGAGUUUUGUUUUAUAAAACCAUCAACAAAUAAAAAUUGUGAAGUGACUCUGA